GUGCUGCGGCCAUAUUCCACUUCCGUUCUUCAAGGGUAUCCGAAGGCACCAGGCUAGACAACAUGUACCGGUUUGCUAAAGCUGCAGUCAACGUCAGCGGUCAGGCCGUGAGGCAGGUGAGGCAGGUGAGGCAUGGAUCCACCGCCCCACAGGACUUCCACACCAAGUACGGCACCGGACUGAUGCUCGGUGGAGCUGUCUUCUGCACGGCUGUGUGGUCAUACGUGCUGACUCAGACUGGCAUCACCUGGAAUCUGUCACCUGUUGGGAGGGUCAUGCCCAAAGAGUGGAGAGAGGCAGAUGAGUGAAGAGCCGCCAUGACAGACCUGCAUCCCACCUAAUAGACCUUCUGGUUGUACAGAUGAACAGAUGAAAUAAUGAAUCUCUGCCCGUUCAGACAGUGAAUGCCUGUGUUUAGUCAAACAUGUUACUUUGUCCAAAUAAAUGAAGUGUGAUUCUAC